UUGUAGUUCUUGUGUUGGUGACCUGUCAGCGUUGUAGUACACAAGCUGUCACAGAUAAUACAUUGUCCGUUGUCUCUGUUGUCGCGGGUUUACGGAGCCGAUAUAGGAGCUACCCGGGAGUCGGCCGCAUAGUUUUUUUUUUUUCGCACUUAGUCUUGUAAAGAUGUCGGCUAAUCUGCGUGGUGCUAGCGGCUUAAGUUAGCUAACAAGCUAUCCAACUUGAUAACUAGCUUGUUAGCUAGCAUCCGACUGAGCUAGCAGCGUAAACUACAACGCCCACUGCUCCAAAUCAGUGUUUCAGAUAAAAGCGGGGAUGAUGGAGGCUGAAAGCUCCUGCGAGCUGCUGCUUUCUAGAAAACGAAGAAGAGAAGGCUCCAAUGGAGAGACCGAGGACGGGGAAAGACUUAUGAAAAUCCCCAGAAGCACUGUGGGACUGAAAAAUCCUGCGCCUUUUGCUGAUGAGCUCGAGCCGGCUGCUAAUAAACCCUAUGAGAGAGUCAGCAUGGAAGAGGCAAAGAAGGGAACACCUGCUAACAGACCAGUGAGAGUCUAUGCAGAUGGGAUCUUUGAUGUUUUCCACUCGGGUCACGCCAGAGCUCUCAUGCAGGCUAAACGCCUCUUUCCAAAUACACAUCUCAUCGUUGGGGUGUGCAGCGAUGAGCUAACCCACAAAUACAAGGGCUUCACGGUAAUGAACGAGGACGAGCGAUACGACGCCAUCAGACACUGCCGCUACGUGGAUGAAGUGGUGCGAAACGCUCCCUGGACUUUAACGCCAGAGUUCCUCGCAAAGCAUCGCAUUGAUUUUGUGGCUCAUGACGACAUCCCGUAUAUAUCAGCGGGCAGCAACGACGUGUACAAGCACAUUAAAGAUGCAGGUAUGUUUGCUCCCACCCAGCGGACCGAAGGCAUUUCCACCUCGGACAUCAUCACUCGGAUAGUCCGUGACUACGAUGUGUACGUCAGACGCAACCUGCAGAGAGGAUACACAGCCAAGGAACUCAACGUCAGCUUCAUCAAUGAGAAGAAGUACCACCUGCAGGAGCGUGUGGAUAAGGUGAAGAGGAAGGUGCGUGAUGUGGAAGAGAAAAGCAAAGAAUUUGUCCAGAAGGUGGAGGAGAAGAGCAUCGACCUCAUCCAGAAGUGGGAGGAAAAAUCCAGGGAGUUCAUCGGUAACUUCUUGCAGAUGUUCGGCCCUGAGGGAGCUCUGAAGCACAUGCUGAAGGAAGGAAAAGGCCGCAUGCUGCAGGCCAUCAGCCCCCGGCACAGCCCCAACAGCAGCCCCACCCGCGAGGAGCGCUCGCCCUCUCCCACCUUCCGACUCCCCUUCUUCUCCAAAACCUCCCCUCCACCAUCGCCUCCUCACCACAGCGGUGCGCGGGGAUACCUCAUCAGCGAGGACGAUGACGACGAUGACGACGAAGACGACGACAACUAAACUAAGUUUUAAAUUUAUCGUUUGGCCACAGAUAGCACUAAGAGUUAAAGAGCCGUACCGCUGCGUGGCUUUCACUGAGCUCCAAGCUGCAACAUUUUAUUUAACUUUGUUCCUGGUUUUACUUUUAGCCCAUCAGUCAUGUUAAAUGUAAGAGCCAGGCUCUCCACGGCUCAUUUUAAUAGGCACAAAUCAUGCUUUGUGUUUGUGUGAUGGUCAGUAAAAGUUACCACUAGUCAGUCAAGUUCUGCAUAUUUAGUUCACGUAUCAUGUUUUACCACUGUCACGUAGGAAUGUUUUCAGGUUACACUGUUCCACCUGACUGUAUUUUUAUGUUUGCAUUAUGGUGCAGCAGGAGGGAGCUUAAGUUGAAGCCUCUGUCAUCUGAACAUGGGACAGGUGAGCUGAGGGAGCACGAGAUCACAUUUUAUAUGUCUGAGAGGAGUUCGUCAGAGCAGGUCACUGCAAUGUAAAGGAUCUGCUCGUGUGUCCAUGUUCUGCUUGAUGUGAAACCAGCUGUUUUUCUUGUAAAAUUCCAGGAAGCCUCCAGAUUUUAUCUGGACGUGAACAAUGUGAAAACAGGUGUCGACUAAACGGCAGGCGUUUUAUCCCGAGUUUGUCUGUCUGUGUAUCUGCAUGUACGCAAGCUAGUCAGCAUGUUUAAAAAUGCUCACUUGCUAACAGCUUCCCGUCAGUCGGCACAUCUGGGUUUAGCUUAUUUUACUGCAUAUAUAGUAUUACAUUUGCUCUUAAUUUACACCUACUGACAAAUCAGGUUUCAAACUAGAUGCCUUUCAGUGGACGUUGCUGAUUUUUUUGGCAAGAUUUCCUUCUUGGAAAAUUUGGUGCAGAGAAUUUGUGUAAACAAGGCAGGACUUGUCAUCUAGGCGUGUUUUUGAUUUGGCAAGUAAUCAUUCUGUUUUAAACACUUGACAAUAACAGAGUUAUAAAUCAAAAAUAUACAAAUAUGUUAAAAAAAAAAAUGCUCAGCUCGAGCAGAAAAUGGCUCUCAUGAACAAAGCUUCCUCAUAGGUAAAUAGCCAACUCACUUUUAAUGAACGAUUUGCUGUUAAAGGCAUCAACCUUUGUGUAGCUACCUCCAUCCAUGAAUAGUCCCCCCCACCCAUGAGCAAAAAGUGUUUUACUUUUCAUCCAUAGGUUUGAAGCAGAGCAAUUUAGGAUUUUUCAGUCUGUCAUGUCUUCAGUGGUAAAGCAUGUGUGGGCUCAGGAGGUCUUUUUGUAAUGCAAGUCUGACUAAUGUGUCAGAUCAGUCUGUUCCAGGCUGGUUUCCACCAAAACAUUUGUUCUUGUGAAUGAAUCCCGUGUGAUUUGCAGAAGUGGAAACAAUCCAGCCUAGGUUCUGGUGCUAAGCUACUCCCAGGAAGUCUCACUUUGAGUCUUGUAAACUUUCUUUAGAUCAGUAAAUUUGUCUGAGCAUGUCCACAUAAACAGCAAGUCAAGAACUGCAACUACUAGAGGCAGAAGUUUUAAGUUCCUAUUUGGGGUUGUUUUUGUCUUAUGUUCUGUAUGCAGAGAAAAUGUGUAAUUAAACUUGUUGACCAAAA